AACCACAACAACAGUUUUCCAAUAAUCAACAUGGUUGCCCACAGAGAAGAUUAGUGAACGGCUUCGGUUUUCACUCGUACUGAAUGAGAAGGGUUCAGGCUUCAACUCAGCUUUUGAUCUUACAAGUUACAGUUCUUUUCAGAGAAUAUCCCGCAGAAUUUUAGUUGGAAUUAAUGAAUUAAGAAGAAUGUUCGUCGUUGGAGUAUCACCUGUCUUGCUGUGGAAGGUGGCAGUAAGUAAGAAAAGAAAUUAGGAAGAAGGACUCACCUCUAAUUCCAUAUGGACGUAAGGAAAGCUGACUCAAUAAGGUGCAGUUCUGGAAUUGGAAAUGACUGUGGACAUUGUGAAAGCUGCAUUUUACGACGAAAAUUGGCUUUUUCACACCAAUGGAUGGUCCGUAUAUCCGAAAGCAGGAAGCAAAAAUACAUCCGUAUGUUGCUCCAACAAUACAGCACAAUGGAACUAACAAGCUCUCUACUAGGACUGCUACAACCUUUGCAGUAUAAAGAUUUUACAUAUGCAAAAUCCAAAGUUAAUUCGACUUUUGAUAAUGAAUUAUCGAGCAUUGCAAAUCCUUUUGACAAAUCAAUUCAGUCUGAUGCAGUGACGGAUUACAUGUUGGAGGAUGAGCAGUGGUUUCUGGCCGCAUCACACUGGGCAAAAUUCAACUACAUGAUAAGCGUAUUUAGAUUUUGCAACUCUUACACAUUAGAGAAUCUAAAAUCAUUUCUUGCCAAACUUUAUGAGAAGGGCCGGAAAAAGAUUUUAAGCACAAGCCAUGGUUCUAUUGGGGAUACCCUUGGAGAAACGUUGAGAUAUACCUCAAUCACUGAAAAAGAUUUCCCAACCUUCAAAAAUGAACUGGUUGCAAAAAAGUCAAAGUCCACUAUAUCUUUUAGUUCUUCAAGUCAAAGGCCAUCUUGUUCCAUUGCCAGAUUUUCUUCAAAUUUCAAACAAGAUGAUAACAUUGAUGCGGAUGAUGAUGAAAACAAUUUCUUUGAAUUGAAUGAUUCAUGCUCCUUGCAAAGUACUCCUGUUUCCACAAAGGCAUCUCUUUUUUACCAACAGUCUCAUCAUUCAAGCCACCUCAGUGCAAGAUGCCACCCAUAUACUGGUUGGCAAAAUUUUUCAAGACAUGAAAGCAAUGCUGGAGAUAGUGAACAAUAUCUUUCCUGUGAAAUCGAUGACUUGGGGGACUCUGUCGGAAUGUUUGAAACUAGAAUUACUUACAAUGCCUUACCAAAACAGCGUGAUUUUAUAAGAAGGCUUCCUGUUCAUAUAUCAAAGUAUAUUCUAGGAUUUUUAGACCAACCAAGUCUAAUGAACUGCAUUUGUGUGAGUAAACAUUGGAGAGUUCUUGCAGAGGAAGUGAAAAAUGAAAUGCUUGCACAACAGAUUACUAGGGAAGACAUAAUGCUUAUUCAGGGUAGCACAGAAAACAUCCCAAAUCCAGUGUAUGCGCGAAUUAUUUCUUUACAUGUACCAAAAAUAACUGAGAGUGGAGAUUUUAUACUGAAUGAUCAGGCAAGACACAUUGAUGUUAUGUCGAAUGGUGAAAAUUUUGAAGACGAGAAUAUGCAAGAUUGCUAUGAUGGUAUUGAGACAAUAACUGUUGAUGUGGAAGCGAGGCAUGUGUACUGUGGCGCAUAUAACGUGCUGGUUCUGAACAGUAUGAAGGACAGCCAUCGAGUUACUUUCUACGAUGGCGGAAAGUACGUUCCAGUUGCAUCUGUGGAUAGAAGAAUACGACUUUUGGAUGUGAAGUCUGGCCGAUGCGAGAAAACAAUUGUCGAGCAUGUUGGUUCAGUGAAGUCAGUUUGCACAGAUGAGACAAGAGGGUUUGUGUUGAGCGGAAGCUACGACACGACAAUCAGAUUCUGGGAUAUUAAAAGUGGAAGAUGCCAAAGAAUUUUUCUUGGGCACAAAAGCUCCGUUGUGACAUUGAGUUUGAGUAAAAAGUAUUUAGCAACCGGUUCAACUGACAAAACUUGCAAAGUCUGGAACUUAAACACUGGUAAAUGCAUACGGACUUUCAGGCACAAGAAUGUGAUUCACUGUGCAUCGAUCGGCGAGCAGCUGCUCUUGACAGGAUGCGCAGGAGGGAAAGUGAGAGUAUGGGAUUUCAAGAUGGCUAAAUUGAUGAAAUCUCUCGAAGGUCACAUGGGACCUAUCACGUGUACAAAAUUUGAUGAGAACCACAUUGUGACUGGCAGCAAAGACUGUUACGCAAUGCUCUGGAGUACCAAAGGCAACUAUGGGCGAUGCCUGCAAACAUUUCGCCAUCCAAAGGAGGUCAACUGUCUUGAAAUGAUGUAUUGCAGAAUCAUUACCGGGUCUGUCGAUGGCAAGAUAAGAGUAUGGAACUUGUUAAAUGGUGAAUGCUUAAGAAUAAUCCGUGGCAACAGUCGCAAUGAUCCGAUUACUGCCUUAUACGCAAGCGAAAACAGGCUUAUAAUUAACACAAAAAGCAACCUGCUUCUCUACAACUUUGAAGCAGUAACAUGGGAUUACCAUGCACCAGCCGAAAGAAUGAGCGAUUACUUUCGCAAAGGGAAUUCACUUGCCGAAGACAGGCCUAGGCAAAGCUGGGCGUUCAACAGAGCUCAGGCAAUGAGACGCGGGGAGUCUGAUUUGGCGCGGAAGAGCAUUCUAGUAACUAAACCAAACGGGGAUAAUCUUACAAAUCAAAGUGGUUUCCCGAGUCGCAGCAAUCGUGUUAACAGUGCACCAACAUGGAGAUCAAACGAUAAUUCAGUUCAAAAUUCAGUUCAAAAGCACAUCACUCGAAUUCACAGUGCUGUUUCUACCCGUAAAGCGCUGGUUGAUGGAGAUAUAAAAGACCCGGGUUCCAGAAAAGGACCGAAAAGCCUGUCAAAAAAGACCGAGAGCGAUUCAGUGAGAAAACCUGUUGAUGGAAAUAAAGACUUUGAAGUGAAAAAAGCAUGGGGAAAUGUCCUAGAUAAAGGGUUGUCACAUACACGUUCACCGGUGAAAUGUAGGGAGGAAGGUAGUGGACUCGAUCUGAGUCAGCAGCGAAUCAUAACACGGAGCCGAUCAGCUCCUGCUCACAGAAUCAGGUCGUUACCAAAGAACGAGCGAGGGUUUACCAGCUCUUCUCAUGUAAACAUAAGAGUUUGGGAAAAUAAAUUGAACUUAACGAAACCGGCUUACAAAAGCAAUAUAAGGCCAUUUAGUGCAUCGACAACAUCUAUGAAAAACCCCGCCGAAACACUCGACAAUUUAAAGCUAAAAACUUUCUAUCAACAGUUGCAGUAUGAGACACAACUUUCUGGGAAAAAAAGCCAUGGCAAAAAAGACAAAUGACUUUGAAAAGCUAAACAAAAUAAACUAUAUUUUGCAUGCACAAUUCAUGAUGCUUUUACACUAGCAUCUCUACGUCUACUUCUGGCAGUCUUCAACUGUAGCUCAAAUUAGACACCAUCUGUCCAUUGCUUGCUGAUGCAUAAAGCAUAAACUCAUAUAUACAUAUUCGGAUAACCUGUACCAGUCGCCUGCCUGUACAAUUCAUUCAUUUCCGUCAACCUCACAGCACGAUGCAUGUAAAUAUCAUUGAUAUAGAAAUAUUUUUCUUUAACCAACUUGAAGAUAUCUGUUUGUAUUUUUUUCUUCAUUUGACAUUACAAUAGUUAUCACAUUGAACAAAGCCAAGUGCUCCCAAACCUCUCUAUGCCAAAACCAAAUAUUCUGUUUUAUCACCCUAAUAUAUUUUUCCAAUUAUUUCAUGAUAUUUCAUUUUUUCCUUUUUGCCUUUGAUAUUGUUUGUCUUUUAUAUGCCGAAUUAAUUUUCCUUUAGCUGCAACCAGUUUUUUUUAAAUAUUUUUUUAAAUACUUCUUAAAUUCUUUUGAUUUUUAAAUACUUCAUGAAUUUAUUUUCAUCAUUUUUACGUUAGUGUUUCAUAAAGCUCUGUUCAUUUUUAUUUUGUGUUCAUGUUGCGCUCCUUUCUGCUUUUAAUGAUAAAUUUAUGUUCAUAAUAACGAGAACACACUUUGAGUGGAUUUCACUACCUUCUGCACUCUCAAAGCCGUGUAUCUGGAUAAAGUCCUAUUCACUUGAAAACCGAGACGUUGAAACGCACUGGAAUUAAUGUUAACACAAACUGUAGAGGUCUGAUGUUUGGAAGUUUGCUUUUGCUGUGUGGUUCUACAUUGUUGCCGCCCGAUGCGGGCCAUGUGAUUAGAAUCUGUAUAUGCAAUAAUCAUGCUUCGAAAUUCUUUUAUAGUUCCAACACCCUUCAUUUCUACGACGCUGGUUUCUUCAAUUCUUCUACUGGUUGUUGCGAAAGUUUAGUGUUUCUUUGUCAUCUGGUUGUGAUAAUGUACAAAAGGCUUCUUCCGUGGCGUACAUAUUUAAAGCAAGCAGAUUGUACUGAUUAAGCUGUUCUGAGCAAUGGAUUUAAUUAUUGCUUGCGUCAUACGAUUAUCAGAGCAGCUUGUGGUCCUUUUUCCUAAUUAUGGCUCGCUCUAAAAGUGCUUAAAAUAUUAAAAAGCAGAACACAUUUUCUAGAAAAAUUAAAAACAUUCACGUAUCUAAUUAUAGGAACAUUGGGAAACAUUUUCUCUAUGUGAGCUUUUCCAGUUGGGCUUUUCUUUCCUCAGGGAAAAACGCGAAUAUUUCAAACCUGUGAUUAGCUUCAAAUCUACAUUGGUUGUUAGUGCGACCCAGACAGGUGUGAAGUAGCUGGCAAACUUUCUUCUUAUCAUGCUUUAAAUGAUCGGCGGGUACGGUGAGUUGUUCGUAGAAUUGACGGGUUCAGCUUUUCCAAUGUAGGGCACUAGUAUGCCGCAAAUCAAGCGAAGUAUUUACAUUAAGUUGAUGCAGCAUCAUUUUUCUUGUAAAUGAAACAUAAACCUCGUGACAUUUAGAGACUACUGUUGGAGGCACUUCAUCAUCUUUUCUUUGAUGGUGGUUUACGGCGGCAAAAGCGCCCCAAUCUGAGCCUCAGUCACAUUUAAAUCAUCUUUAUCAGUUAUACAGUUAUAAAGUUAUACAGCUAAAAGCCUGUAAGCUAGAUUCACAAACUUGGCAACUGCAAAUCUAAAGGCCUGUUUAUAUGAAGUGGGCAGUGGGCUAGCCCACUUGCGUGGGCUGGUUAACUAAGUGAGGUCCGUACUUUCUAUACAAUUCUUUGUAUUUGCAGUUACAUGGAGAGAUCCUGCUCAGAUGAGAUCCGCGAGAAGGACAGGUGGGAUCCGCAUUAGGUGUGAUGCAAAUUAUCCAUGUAAACGCGAUCAGGUGGACUAGCCCACUCACUAAAUGCUUUGGUAGAGGAAGUUGGCGCCAAACUAAAGCAAAUCCCCCAAAUCACAAUGAAUCGGCAGCAACAGUUUUGGCUGUUCUGUUAAAACCGUAGCAAAGGCGUACAGAAAAAAAGAGAGGAUUGAAAUGACACGAGCCUGUCGAUCGCAUACAUUUGAUAGAUCGAACACAGAAUCAGAAUUACGUGUAACUAAAGUACGAAUUCGAGCAUACCGUAUAAUUUAACGGUCAGGAAAGGAGUCAAUUUUUUUUCAUUUCUUGAGGAAAACUGACAUUCAUUGUUGGGGCGCCAAAAGCUAAAAAAACUCAUUUAAAAUUUUCAAAUAAGAGCGUCCUCGUGUAAACAAUUGCGAAUACGAUCUCACCUGUGGAAACUAGCCAACUUCAUGUAAACAGUCCCUAAUGAGUAGUUUAUCUAGACCGAGCAUAGAUUUUAAAUAGGUUGAUCAGGAAAACCACGUGCUCGAUUAGUAUUGUGCAAUGUUAUUCACGCUGUUUCCUUCACAAUGUCAUCCACGCUGUUUCCUUCACAAUUACCCCCACACUUCCGUCAUAGCGGCAAAGUCUUCAAGAGAGAUGCGCUUGGGCCCAGUCUCAAUCGCACACAUUAAGGUCGGGUGAAAUGGGUUUUCAAUGCUUUCUAGCGCGGUUUAAUGCCUUGAAACAGCUCUCAACAAUCUUGUUCCGAUAUUUUACCAAGUUUAAAAACUUUCUUUUUCAUUUCGAAUGUAAAUAAACAACUUUAAUAAAAGUCCAGAGGGACAAGGGGAAGCAUUACCACCCGACGAGGGACUUUACCAGAUCAACCUUUUUCUAGACCAGUUUUUAGUGUAGAAUUCUGAGAUGCAAGGAGUUUUGUCUAAAAACUAGGAUGCAGCCUGUGAAUGAGCUGUCAAUAACCACACGAAGAGGAACUUUACCAAACCAACUUUUACGAGACUAGUUUUUGGUGUAGAAUUCAAAAAGAAAUGUUGAUAGGGUGGGAGAGGAUGCUUUUGCAAGAAUAAAAAGAAAGAAAAUUAAGCGAGUUUAUGUAAAAAGCACUGCCAUUUAUGCUUUGGAGAUUUCAUCAGCUCUUUAUGGCAUUUCUUUUACUUUAUCGUUCAACCCGUUUCAGAGACUGGCCCAUCUAAAGAACACACCUGAUAAGCUGAUGUCUUUAACAAAGGAGUUCUAAGUUUUCUGUUGGAAUUCCGCAGUACGCGAGAGGUCGUUUCGUUAACUCUAGUAAACAUGUCGCUCAUAUAAAACAGCGCCUCACAAGGUAUUUGAAAACCAUUUUAAGUGUUUCAAGAUCAAAUGAUUCCCUCACCGUCGGCCAGGCAAGAGUACGAAUUAGUGGCACGGCUGACUGAUCAUAUCAACUUCCUGACUCUCUUUUGUACAUUUGUUUAACAGUGGAUGCAGGCACGUACCUUUUAGAAUACCCCAAUAUGCCAAUACCUCUGUCACUGAGCUGGAAUAUUUUACUUUUCACUGAACUAUGACUACUGCCAAGAUAAAAUAAGGAACUUAUUUUAUCUUGUUACUAUCUUAUUUCACUGCUAACGUAAAAUUUAAGCGAUAUUUCCGCGUGACAGAGAAGACUAUUUUUGGUAAAAACUUUCCGAUAAUCAUCGAUAAG